AUGUAUGUGUUUAAUUAUUUUGCCUUAGGGGUUUUAUUGAUAAUUGUCCAAGUGUAUUGUCAAAUUCAAAGUGAAUUUAAGAAAAAGGAUUGCUUGGCUCCCCACACUGAACCAGGAGCUACAUGCAAAGCACAUCUGAUUCGAUACCACUGGAAUCAAACAUUGAAAGCAUGUGAAGAAGUGAUUUAUGGAGGUUGUAGAGCCACCAGGAAUAAUUUUAAAACAAUGGAAGAAUGCAACAAAGUAGCGGGCUCCAUAUGUAAUAAAAAAUGCAAAAAAUGA